UAAACUAUUGUACAACACAUUAUGUGCAGAAAGUUGGUAUUUUUUAGAUGGUCUGAACUGUGAUUAACAUUAAACCUUAUUGUCAGUUUGUCUAUGUUCCUACUGCAUGCAUUGUUAAACCAUUAUUAACCGAUCUGUCCAAGAUCAGUAAUUAACGAUUUUAUGCCUUUACUACACGAAAACAAGAUUAUUUACGUGCACUGAUUUAUAAUGGACUAAAGCAUGCCUCGCCACAAGCUGGAAUGCUCUGUCGUGCAGUCUGUGGAACAAUAUUAUCUUACAUUAAUCAUUAUCAAUGAAUGUUAACAACAAAAAUGGAUAGCAUUGUUAACAGUGUGCUGGGAAAUUAUUCAUUAGACUUGUUUGGUAGAGAUACUCGUGUUUCAUUAUUAAAUUUUACGUUCUAUACUCGUAGUGCAGUACAAGUAUUUCCAUCAUUUUGCUACCACGCGCUGGCAUGGGUGAUGUUCAGAGCACGAUUAGGAAGUUCAUCCAUUCUUAAUGCAAAUUAAAACACUGAUGAGAUGGAAUGCCCGUGUUACUUGAGGUAGACGGUGCACGGAAUGGUCAGACAAAUAAUGCCCAGGACGCGUCAGACGUAUCUUCGGGCUCCACUUCCCAGACGGGAUCGGAAUUGCUCCCGGAUGAUCCGGGAGAACUGCUCGAAGACCUCCUAACACCAAUACACGGCAAUGGACGCUAUCAGCGUUUAAUCGCUUGGAUAAUCAUAUUUCCAUCUUUCUUUGGAUUAUCCUUCAUACAAUCGCUUGUGUACUUUGUGAUCCCGAUUCCCAAUGAUUAUCGGUGCCGACUACCAAAUCAAAAUGGUUUUAAAUCCGGUUAUGCCUUGCUUCCACCUUCCGUUGACAAUGCUACGUCAAAUUCCCAGUGUGAAAUGUACGAUGUGGACUACGGUCAGUAUACGGUGAACAGCACGCUAAACGAAACAGCGCUGUCAGAAUAUCUGCAACAUUUCAAAGGAAAUCUUUCCACCGUACGUUGUCAACAUGGAUGGAUCUACGAUACGUCCAUCUACGAAAGCACUAUUGUCACCGAAUGGGACUUGGUAUGCGGACGAACAUUUUUGCCGACACUAGCCUACAUUCUGACAUCUAUCGGCGGCGGACUGGGCAUUGCGGCUGGCGGCUACUUUGCCGAUCAUUAUGGGAGAAAAAACACGUAUUUCCUGGCUCUGCUGAUCAUUGUAUCGUUUGGUACUGCCACGGCCUUCUCGUCGUCAUACGAGGUCUAUGUUGUAUUAACAACAUUGUUGGCUACCGGAAGCAAUUCAUUCUACCAAGUGCCGUACACCAUCGGAGUGGAAAUUCUGGCGCCGAAACACCGAUCGGGAUUUUCCGUCGGGGUCACCGUUGCAUUUGCAGCUGGAGGACUCGGAUUGGCGGGUUUGGCGUAUUUCAUCCGAUCGUGGCGGAUGUUGACCAUCGCUGGAACGGUUCCUUUUGCCAUAUUCUUCCUCUUCUGGUUUAUCAUGCCGGAAUCUCCGCAUUGGCUUCUAACACAAAAUCGUCUGGAUACUCUAGAAACACUCUUACGCAAAAUGGCAAAAAUUAACAAAGCGGAAAAUUUCCUCCCCGACGCAAUACUGAACAUCCAGAGCAUCAAAAAGUACCACCAGGCUACGCAAAACGCCAAACACCGCGCCCGCAACCGCUUCAAGUGGCUGGGAUUAUUUCGUGGCCGCUUCCUACGCCGGCAGACAAUAAUUCUAUCGUAUUUAAGCUGCGCCGUGCAGAUUUGCUACAGCGGUCUAAAUUAUUAUGCACCCUCCUUAGGUGAUGAUCCUUAUUUGAGUUUCUUCCUAUCCUCGCUAAUUGAACUGCCCGGCUCGAUAUUCACCGGCUUCGUUGCCGACCGCCUGGGCCGGCGUUUAACCACGGUGCUGUGUUUUAUCGGCAGUUCGGCCGGGUGCUUUGGUAUUCUAGGUGUUAGUGAUAACUACUGGGGCCUCCUAGGUGUGUUUCUGCUGGCCAAGAUGCUGGUUACCAGCGGAUUUAUGACACAGGAACUGAUGUUGUAUGAAGCCUUUCCCACGGAGAUUCGCGCUGAGGGCGUGGCCUUUGUUACAACGGUUUCCUAUGUGGCGUCCAACCUGGGUCCGGUGAUUGUAUAUCUGCGUUUCAGUGAGCCGGUAUUGCCCUUUGUUGUAUUCGGAGCGAUUUCCUUGGUUGGGAUAGUGAGUGUACUGUUUGUACCGGAAACGCAUAAUACCAAUUUACCCGAUACAAUCGAAGAGUGUGAGCGCCGAGGACGUCCUGUUACGUUAAAAUCGCUUUUGAUUUCAAAAUUCAGAAAGAGGGCACAAACAGGAAUGCUUCUACUGUUUUCAUUGUAGAAAGCACUCAAAUGUAGAAAAUGGGCCAGUUAUCAUGUGCUAGCUUCAAUGACUACUCAGUAUUUGUCGAGAUCGAGAUUCCACAUACUGUAUAUGACUGAAAAUUUAAAUCGUUCUUUAUUUUUUCCAUAUCCAGAUUCAGAUCUAUAUUGCCACGAAUGGGAUACACCAAAGCCGGCAAACAAGAAAAGACUGACCAACACCAAUAUUAUAUUCUGAAAGCCCGUAGUCGAAAACCAACUAUGUAAACCAUGUAAACCAAGUAAAAUAUAGUUAAAAAAUGAAAGUAUUUUCCACUAAUUAAGUUGAGCAAGUGAAAGAAAUACCAUCAUAUUCUGAGGGUAGGCACACUUCGGGACAUUAGUGACAGAUACGUACAACAGCGAUAGUGCAAUCAGUUGCAGUGCGAUAGUGCGACAUCGGUAGGUUAGCGGGGGAUCGCGGUGUCACUACUGUCCGGUGCAGAGACCCCGGUAGGUGAGCGGGUGACCGAGAUGUCACUAACGUUCAGUGUACAAAGCCCGUGAGAACGAGUGACUGAGCUACCACUACCGUUCGUGCACAGAGUCCGGUAGGUAAGCGGGUGACCGAGCUGUCAUUAUUGUACAGUGUAUAUGAGUGACCGAAUUACCACUGCUGUCCGGCGCAGAAAGCCCGUUAGGUGAUACGAGUGACCGAGCUACCAUUACUGUUGAGUGCCCAGAUCCGUUAGGUGAGUUGCCGACCGAGCUACCACUACUGUCCUUCGAAAGGAACCGGUUAGGUAAGCAAGUAUUCGAGGUACCACUAAUGAUCCGGAUCUACACUAUCGGGCACCCACCACUUUCCAGUGAAAAGAACCAGUGAAGUGACGAGUCACCGAACUAGUGAUCCAGUGCACUAUCACUGUUUCGAAUUUCAUACCUUAUAGACUGCUAUUUCGGCUUUCUUUUUCGAGUAGGGGAUAUCGUAAAAAUUAUCUGCAUGUACAGCCAAAGGGAAUGCUUUCAAGGUUGAGAGAAUCAUGAACUGAUUUUCAUAUAAAAUUCGUGUUUGCCCUAUUGCAUGUACCGAUCAUGUUUCGACGAAAUAUAGA